CGCACGGACACUUUUAGUGGACGGGACCAUGAAGUCCGAUCUGUCAACAGAGAGCAGAAAAAGUAAAGAGGAAAAGAAAGUGUUACGAAAACAGCUUAAAGCCAGUCACACUCUUUUAAAGCAUGAAGGCGUCUGUACAACACCGCAACCAACCAAGAGUUUGGUGAUCGCAAACGGCGGUCUGGGGAAUGGCGUCAGUCGAGAGGAGCUGACUGCAGUGCUGCAGGAGAUGGGAGAGGUGGAGAAGUUGUUGAUGCCUCCACACAAACCCUACGCCUUUGUCACCUUCAGAUCUGAAGAUGGCGCUCGGAAAGCUCACGCCAACCUUAAUGGGUGGAAGUUGCAGUGUGGCGAGAGCAGCAUCACACUGUACCUCAGUUACGUCGACUCAGUAAAGUGUAAAGAGGGAGCAUCUGUCCCUCUGCCAGAAGGUUUGGCCUUGGUGGAACAUUUUGUGUCUCCAGAGGAAGAAGCACAGCUGCUCAAUGUGAUUGACUGGUCACCCACUCAAGGUGACGUCACUGCUCAAAAGUCCUUGAAACACAGACGAGUGAAACAUUACGGUUUUGAAUUUCGCUAUGACAUCAACAACGUGGACAAAGACAAACCGUUAGCUGCAGGCCUUCCAGAUGAGUGUGUACCCAUUCUGCAGCGUUGUGUGGAGCAGGGACACACUAACGUCCUUCCUGAUCAGCUGACUGUGAACCAGUAUGAGUCUGGACAGGGCAUCCCCCCCCAUGUGGACACUCAUUCUGCCUUUGAAGACACCAUCCUGUCUCUGAGUCUGGGCGCAAAAACUGUGAUGGAAUUCCGGCACCCCGAUGGCCGUGUUGCUGCUGUGGUGUUGCCGGAACGGAGCCUCCUGGUGAUGAAGGGGGAGAGCAGAUACCUCUGGAGCCACGGGAUCACGCCCCGGAAGGUUGACAUGGUCCCAGCAGAGGCGCCACGAGCCGAUGCUCCCACGGAACCUGGCAUCCAAAGCAACCUGACUCUAAGCAGGAGAGGAACUCGCACUUCCUUCACUUUCCGGAAGAUCAGACAUGAACCCUGUCACUGUGCCUUCCCGUCUGCCUGCGACAGUCAAGGCGCACCCUCGCCAUCGCCUGGCCCCUCCCUCCCCUCCUGCCCCGCGGAUGCAGCCCGUUUGGAGGAGGAGUAUGUACACCGCGUUUACAGCACCAUCGCCUCCCACUUCAGUGACACUCGCCACACCCCCUGGCCACGCGUGUGCCACUUUCUGUCCUCGCUGCCGUCUGGCAGCGUUCUGGCGGAUGUGGGCUGCGGAAACGGGAAAUACCUGGGCGUGAACGCCGAUUUAGUCACUGUGGGUUGUGAUCGCAGCACUGCUCUUGUUCAGAUCUGCGCCGCGAGGGGUUAUCAUGCGUUUGUGUCAGACGCCCUCAGCGUUCCCCUGCGAACGGCGUCGUGUGACGCCUGCAUUUCCAUCGCGGUCAUUCAUCAUUUUUCCACUGCGGAGCGCCGACUGGCAGCAGUGAAGGAGCUGGUGAGACUUUUGAAGCCUGGAGGUCAGGCACUUAUCUAUGUUUGGGCUUUUGAACAAGAAUACAACAAGCAGAAGUCCAAAUACCUCAAGCAAAUCUUCAAAGAAGACCAUGGAGAGUUCAGUUCCACCAACUUACUGUCAGAAAAGAGCCAGAAAUCCAGUGGAGAAAAAGUAUCUGAUCUUUCCUGCCACUUAGAAAACAGCCAUAAACCUUCUGACAUGCAAGGUGUUAGUAGAGUUCCUGAUGCUCGCCUCAGUGUGCACACCAACCGCACAGCCUUUACUUCCCAGGAUCUUUUGGUUCCCUGGCAUCUUAAGGGAGGGAAAUCGCAGCUAGAGGAAAACCCUGACUUAAGCUCCAGCCCCGACUCAAGCCUGGGGUCGGACUCAAACUCCUCCCAGCGUGCAGAUGCUAAGCUGAGUCCAGCAUUCCCUCAGGCUUCAGCUUCUGCUUUGAAACUGGAGAGUAGCACAGUUCCAGUUUUUCAUCGCUAUUACCAUGUUUUCCAGCAGGGGGAGCUGGAGCAUCUGUGUGCUCAGGUGUCUGGAGUCAAAGUGAAGAGCAGUUACCAUGACCAGGGCAACUGGUGUGUUGUGUUGCAGAAGGAAUGAAUGCAGAAAGAUAUGUCUGUGCGAAUAAAAACUUGGCAGAACAAAAAACAGAACAGUGAGACAAAAUGAAAAGAUGUUCUUGUUGAGAUUUUAAGAGAAAUUAAUAAAUGUAGAUUUUUGAGAAACUGUCUUUUA